AUGAUGGAGAAUUCAAAAGAUGUAAUGACCUUGUGUGUUUGUAUAAUAAUUGCCGACGUCGUGCUCUGUUGGCCAAGUUCAAAUGGACUCGACUUGAUUGUCUUGAAGCAUGUCCUAACGUCGUCUUGGUUGGCUGAAAGUGACAAUGUGCCGGCCUGCCAUACGACUACCACUCAAAUCAACCAGUCAUGGGUUGCGCUAGAAAAGAUCCAGGAAGAGGAGACACUGACAGCGCAUGCAGCGGGUGCAGCGGGUGCAGCCGAUGUCGCUGGAUCGACCAGACAGGACGGGGGGUGGCUUUUGACUUUGGACGAGAAACUUGACUCGAACCAGGGACCAGGGACCAGACGGAUAAAUGGAUGGACGGUGAAGUAUCGUAGAUUGCUCGGCGUUUAUGACGUGAGGUCUUUGGGCUUGUUCAAGUUCAAUGCAACGGUCGAGAUGAUGCAGCUCGAUGGCGCACAAAGGUGCCUAUGUCUGCGGGAGGUUGUGAAGCAUAGGAUGGGAUAG